AGAAAUGAAAGACUUGCAAAGCUCGAAGAGUUUUAUUAUACAUUUGCAUUUCAUUCCAUUUUUUCUUCUUCUUACAAACUAAGAAACUGAUGGAGGGUAUUCAAUUUGAGAGAGAAAAACUGCUCUCACUCUCAAAUUCUGUGAAGGUGUUGUUAGAAAACCAUGUUUUUACUUUGUUCGCCAAUAACAUCAGGAGGCCAAAGUCUGACGUUUUACUGUUGAAAAAGCUGAAGAAAGCACUUUUGGAUCUUCAGGAUUUACUACUUUGUCAUGAUCUGGAGAAACCGACCCCCAAUCCAGCUCUCGACCAACCGCUGGAUUUGCUCAGAUACGCUGUCUUUCAACUUGCUUCUUUCUUUGAUGAAAUCGAUUUUUCAUUGAGGUAUGCUACCCCAAUUAAUACUAAGCUGCUCAAUAAUCUUGUUAGUUUAAAUCAUGUCAUUGAUUCUGAAACCAAAAGAUUAAUUGAAAUAUCACAAGGCUUGAGUUUAGAAGAACAACUAGGUCAAUUAACUGUUUCCAAUUCUAGCACUGUUGAUUCCCAUGAAACUCCUCCUACUAGUUCUUCUACUAUUUUGGAUGCUGAAUCUUCUAUUUAUGGAAGAGAUGCUGAUAUUCACAAACUUAAACAUCUUUUGUUGUCUACUGAUAGUAGAGUGAUUUCUAUUGUUGGUAUGGGAGGGAUUGGUAAAACAACCCUUGCUAGUCACCUUUACAAUGAUCCACAGGUAAAUGCCAAAUUUGAGUUAAAACGGUGGGCACAUUUCUCGAAACAUGUUGAUGAUUUGAGUGUUUUUAAAACCAUUCUUGAGUCUAUUACUUCACCAAGUCCAGCAACGACUAAUGAUACGACUGACAUGAAUACCAUUUACCCAAAGUUUUUGCUAGUACUGGAUGAUGUGUGGGACGCAAGAUCUGUCAAUUGGACAUUACUCAUGGAUAUCUUUAAUGUUGGGGAAACAGGAAGUAAAGUCAUAGUCACAACACGAGAUGAAAGAAUUGCAAAAUCUAUGCAAACCUUUCUUUCUGUUCACUAUCUGAGACCUUUGGAUAUUGAGGAUUGCUGGUCUUUACUUGCCAAACAUGCAUUUGGAGAACGUAGCUACCAACAACGAUCCAACCUAGAAAAAAUUGGUAGGGAAAUUGCAAAAAGGUGUCAUGGAUUACCAUUGGCUGCAGUAGUACAUGGGGCUCUUCUUUGCACCUUAUUGUUCCCAGACGACUGGAAUUAUGUACUACAAAGUAAUGUUCGGGAUACAAAUUAUAAGGUGCAAGCUUCUCUCAGAUUGAGCUACAAUUUUCUUUCUGAUCCUUUAAAAAGAUGCUUUGAAUAUUGUUCGAUUUUUCCAAAAAAUUCCAUCUUAGAAAAAAAGAUGGUAGUUCAGUUGUGGAUUGCAGCAGGCUUAGUGGAAUCGUCCACAGAUCAAGAAAAACUUGGAGAUGAAUACUUUGAUGUACUAGUGUCAAGAUCGUUGAUACAUCGACGAUCUAUUGGUGACAAGGAAGGAAACUUUGAAAUGCACAACUUCAUCCAUGAUUUAGCUACAGAGGUUUCAUUUCCUUAUUGUAUCAAUAUGGACGAACAUAUCCUACAUGAAAAUGUAUAUAAUUUGUCAUACAAUAGAGGCCUAUAUGACUCAUUUGAUAAAUUUGAUAAAUUGUAUGGAUUAGAAGGUCUGCGUACCUUUCUAGCUUUACCAUUACAAGAACAAAUGCCUCUUUGUUUGCUAUCAAAAAAGGUAGUACAUGACUUGCUGCCAACAAUGAAACAAUUACGUGUGUUGUCUCUGUCAAACUACAAGAGUAUCACUCAGGUUCCCAACUCUUUUGGAGAUUUGUUAUACAUGAGGUACUUAAAUCUUUCUCACACUAAUAUUGAAAGGCUGCCUUCUAAAACAUGCAAGCUUUACAAUCUGCAGUUCUUGUUGUUGGCAGGCUGUAAAAGGUUCACUGAAUUGCCAAAGGACAUGGGAAAAUUGGUUAAUCUGUGCUACCUUGACGUAAGUAACACCGCAUUGAGGGAGAUGCCGAAGCACAUGGGAAAAUUGGUUAAUCUAUACUACCUUGACGUAAGUAACACCGCAUUGAGGGAGCUGCCGGAGGACAUGGGAAAGUUGGUUAAUCUACGCUACCUUGACGUUAGUGACAUUGUAUUGACGGAGAUGCCAAUUCAAAUAGCUAAACUACAAAACCUCCAAACUCUGUCCGACUUUGUUGUCAGCAAACAUAAUGAUGGAUUGAAGGUUGCAGAGUUGGGAAAAUUUCCCAACCUACAUGGAAAACUUUCCAUCUCACAACUACAAAAUGUUUAUGACCCCAUUGAAGCUUUUAAAGCCAAUAUGAAGAUGAAAGAACGAAUAGAUGAAUUAGCUUUAGAAUGGGAUUGUGGUACUACUUCAAAUCCACAAGUUCAAAGUAUUGUACUUGAACACUUGCAACCCUCAAAAAAUUUGAAAAGUCUCACCAUCAAAGGCUAUGGCGGAGUCAACAUUCCAAAUUGGUUGGGUGAUUCUUUAUUUGAUAAUAUGGUGUAUUUAAGGAUCUCCAAUUGUGAUAACUGUUUAUGGCUUCCACCCCUUGGACAAUUGGGUAAUUUGAAAGAACUCAAUAUUGUUUGGAUGCUUUCAAUAAACAGUGUUGGUAUAGAGUUCUAUGGAAGUGAUGGUUCUGCUUUAUUUCAACCAUUUCCGUCCUUAGAGACUCUACGCUUUGAGGAUAUGCCUGAGUGGGAGGAAUGGAACAUGAUUGGAGGUCCGACUAUGAAUUUUCCUAGUCUCAAACAUUUGUUGCUAAAUAAAUGUCCUAAAUUGCAGGGAAACAUACUUUACAAACUUCCUUCCUUAACUGAACUUGAGUUAAAAGGGUGUCCUUUACUGGUGGAGUCAAGACAUUCAGAUGAUAAUAACAAUAUCAUCAUUAUAGCUCCAAUGUCGGGUGUAUUCAACAAAUUGAUGCUCCCUCUCAAUUCUCUUCAACAGUUGAUCAUAGACGACUUUCCAUGUCUAACGUCUUUCCCAACAGCCGGCCUACCAAAAACCUUGAAAUUUCUCAUAAUCAGUAAUUGUGAGAAUCUAGAGUUUCUACCUCAUGAAUGUUUGCACAAUUACACAUUGCUCGAGGAAUUGAAAAUAUCUUAUAGUUGUAAUUCAAUGAUAUCAUUUACCUUGGGUGCUCUCCCCGUCCUCAAGAGUCUGUUUAUUGAAGGUUGUAUAAAUCUGAAAUCAAUAUUAAUUGCAGAAGAUGUGUCACAAAAGAGUCUCUCAUUUCUUAGAAGCAUCAAAAUAUGGGAUUGUAAUGAACUGGAGUCAUUUUCCCCAGGUGGAUUGGCCACUCCAAACCUCAUUUAUUUUGGAAUGUGGAAGUGUGAGAAGCUUCCUUCACUACCACAAGCAAUGCACACUCUAACUGACCUUCGAGAAAUGGAAAUUGAUAAUCUACCAAAUCUUCAAUCAUUUUUCAUCGAUGAUUUGCCUAGUAGUUUACAAGAACUGACUGUUGGUUCUGUUGGAGGGAUUAUGCGGAAUACUGUGCCAACUUGGGAACAUCUCACUUGUCUUUCAGUGUUGCGAAUUAACAGCGAUGAUUCGGUGAACAUGUUGAUGGGGCCUUUUCUACCUGCAUCGAUUUUGACACUAUGCAUCUAUGAUCUCAAUGAUACAGUCAUUGAUGGGAAGUGGUUUCAACAUCUAAAGUCUCUCCAAAAACUUGAGAUUGUUAAUGCUCCCAAACUCAAGUCGUUGCCAAAAGAGGGAUUGCCUUCCUCUCUGCAUGUACUAAGUAUCACUUGUUGUCCGUUAUUGGAAACCAAUUUGCAGAGGAAGCGAGGAAAAGAAUGGCGUAAGAUUGCUCGCAUUCCCUUCAUAAUCAUCAAUGAUAAAAUGAUCACAUGAGUUUCCUGUUUGGAGUUAUGUUCUGUGUCACCUCUGCUUGUGCCUGAUCUUGCUGCUGCAAGAAAUCAAAUUUGUAUUCAGAACCUGCACCCAAGUAUAGUAAAUGUUUUACUAAUCAUGAACAGACGAAAAGGAGAAACAGCAACCGUUAGGAACUCAAGAAUUCUAUAAUCCUAACGACUGACUGGAAAUAUGUCAGGUUUGUAUUUUCUCACUGGAGAUAGAAUGUCGUCAAAUGCGUUUCUCCACCAAUCCAAUGAUGUCUGGGGAAUAUGCAGGCCUUCGUUGAGAGGUCCUUGACAAAAUCAAUGGCACAUUCGUCCAAUAUUUUAGAAAAGUAGCAUCCAGACCAUGAGGAGUAGAGAGUCAAGCAGGCAAGAGUUCAGUUGAGCAUAGCAACACUAUAUCCAGUUCUGUUGCUGACAUUGCAGCAGAAUCAUUAAGUGGUUCAAAAUCAAGAUGAAAGAGUUUUACAAUAUUUACAUUGUAAUAGGUUAUUAGACUGUUAUAUAAUUUUCACUUCUUUUUGGCCGUUACUGAGUUGGCAAUUUCUUGUUUUCAUCAAAUAAACCUCAUUCAGUUUUUACACAAGUAGAAACUAAAGUUGUUUUUCAUGAGAAAAUAUGGGAACAAUUCUUACUCUUAAAUUUGUGACUCAUUUCCAUGUACCA